UAAACCUUAAACUUAUUAUAAAUACUCCUGUAUGAUGUGUGGUUCGCCAGUUCGCAAAUAGACGUAAUAGCAAACAGACCGUUGUUUCAUUUUAUCAGUGGCGACUGCGGGUGGACUUGAAAAAGUGACGCGACCGUUAUAUUUACUCGUAGUGUUACUUAAUUUACUUGUGAUUCGGAACUAUGUCGAAAUUGAGUGAAUUCAACGUGAAGGACGGCAAUUGGCAGUCGUAUUGUGACAGACUGGAUAUGUAUUUCAAAGUAAAUAGUGUGAAAGACGAUCUCAAAUUACCGACGCUUAUCGCAUUCAUGGGUGAGGAGGCGUAUGAACUGCUAGUAAAUCUAUGCAGCCCGCGCAAACCAGCCGAAAUGACAUUGGAAGAGGUCAAGCAGGCGAUGUUAAACCAUCUACAACCCAGUCCAUCGUUUCUAGCAGAAAGAUACAAAUUUCGACAAAGACGUCAAUGUGUGGGUGAAAAUAUGGCAGUUUACGUGUCAGAACUAAAAAAACUGUCGCGUUAUUGUGAAUUCGGAACAAGCUUGGACGAGAAUUUAAGGGACCAAUUCGCGUGCGGAAUAAUGAGUGACGUCAUCAGACAGCGGUUGUUUGCGGAGGGAAAAAUUACGUUUGUAAAGGCAGUGUCAGUAGCGAACUCCAUGGAAGCGGCGGAAAGAGAUUCAGCAGCGGUGAGCAGGCACAACGGCGGCGAGGGCGCAUCGGCGUCGCGGGCUGCGGCUGCGCCCGGGGGCCGGACGGGGCCGGAGGCGGCGGGACGACGUAGUUCCGCGGGAAUGGAUUUAGCUGGGACACUAAACAAGCUACAUCUACAGGGAGGAUGUUUAGCAUGCGGUGAUUAUAGGCAUAAGAAAAAUGACUGCAGAUUUAAGACAUACGAGUGCAGCCGUUGUAAAAAAGUGGGUCAUCUAAGGCGGGUAUGCCAACAGAAUAUAGAUGCCCACGAGCCUAGAACUCGCAGAGGUAACUAUCAAGGCGGACAAUGGGGGCGCGGUGGCGUUCACGGCGGUAACGCCGGCAACCGCAUCGAACGUUCCAGAGGCGGCCGCUCGGGGUCAAAGGUGAAUCGGCUGGAAACGUAUCGUGAGGAAGCGGACGAAGGCGGGGCUACAUAUAGCAGCGAAGACGACGGAAAUGAAGAAGCAAUUUAUCAAAUGUCCUUAAAUCAGUACCGACCGGUGAGCAUGACAAUAUGUGUUAAUAAUGUAAAUUUGUCAAUGGAAGUUGACACGGGUUCACCUUUAUCUUGCAUUUCAUUUGAUACAUACAAAUUAUUUUUCCAACAUUUGCCUAUUCAAAAAUGUGAUUUAUCGGUUAGAUUCUAUAAUGGAAGUAAAGUUAAGCCGUUAGGUUAUUUGGAGGUAACAGUAAAUUAUAACAAAACGUGUAGAAAGCUAGAUUUGUACGUUUUUAAUGAUGGGGUUACAUCGCUCCUGGGGCGUCAAUGGAUAGCUGAAUUAAAUAUUUCCAUACCAAGUAUACCUAUACAAUGUAACUCUUUAAAUAAUAAUUGUAAUUUAAACGAAGUAAAGGAAUUGAACAAUGUACAAAAAAAUGUAAUCGUUAAUGAUGUUGUCGAUAGAUAUAAGGAGUUAUUCGACGGCGGGUUGGGGUGCUUCAACGGGGGCCGGGCGACACUUCGCAUCCGCGAGGGCGCCGCGCCCGUGUUCUGCCGCGCGCGCCCGCUGCCGUACGCGCUGCGCGCGCGCGUGGACGCCGAGCUGGACGCCAUGCUGCGCGCCGGCGUCAUCGAGCCCGUGGACUGCUCGGAUUGGGCCACGCCGCUGGUAAUUGUACAUAAACCGGACGGCGCUUUACGUAUCUGUGCUGAUUAUAAGGUGACGUUGAACAAAGUUUUAAAAGUAGAUAAGUACCCUGUGCCUAAAAUAGAUGAUUUGCUCACUAAAUUAAGCGGUUAUAACUAUUUCACCAAGCUGGAUUUAUCUCAAGCUUACAAUCAGGUAUUGUUAGAUGAUACGAGUAAUUUAACGGUGAUAAAUACUCAUCGAGGUCUUUUUAAAUAUAAUAGACUUGUUUACGGACUGUCGUCGAGUCCAGGAAUAUUUCAAAGAAUUAUGUCACAAUUAUUUGCCCACAUGCCCAAUGUCACUGUGUUUUUGGAUGACAUUUUAAUAGGAGGUACAUCUAUUUCAUCGAAUUUGGAAACCCUAAAUAAUGUACUAAGAAUAUUGCAGGACCAUGGUUUAAAAUUAAAAAAACAGAAAUGUGAUUUCUUUAACAAAGAGGUAAAAUAUUUAGGUUUUAUAAUCAGUAAUCAAGGGAUUAAAGUUGAUCCAGACAAAAUUAAACCGAUAGUAAACCUUCUCCCACCGAGAAAUGUUUCUGAACUUAAAUCAUUUCUAGGGAUGAUUAAUUUCUACGGCAAAUUUAUAAAAAACUUAAGUUUUCAUUUAUCACCUUUAUAUGAUUUGCUUAGGAAAGGAAAACAUUGGCAUUGGGAACAUAUUCAUGAUCGUUGCUUUAAGUUAGUAAAAAGGCUACUAAUCGGCGCGGACGUGCUGGUGCACUACGACGAGUCGCGCGAGCUCGUGCUGACGUGCGACGCGAGCGCGCACGGGCUGGGCGCGGUGCUGGCGCAGCGCGGCGCGGGCGCCGAGCGGCCCGUGGCCUACGCCUCGCGGGCGCUCACCCGAGCCGAGAUUAAUUACAGCCAAAUUCACAAGGAGGCCCUUGCUAUAGUUUUUGCUGUAAAAAAAUUUCAUCAGUUCUUGUAUGGUAGACACUUCACUUUGCGGACGGACCAUAAACCCCUUGUAAGCAUUUUUGGCCCGGAUACAGGUGUACCGAGCAUGACGGCUAGUAGGUUGCAAAGGUGGGCGUUGUUAUUGUCGGCCUACGAUUUUUCUAUCGAAUAUGUUAGCACUGAUAACAAUACGGCCGGUGCAUUAUCGCGCAUGUUGGAAAGUUACAAAGCGCUGAACGCGACUACUCACGAGUCAAACGAACCUGAACAGACUUAUCUACAUUUUGCUUCGGAAGCAUUACUACUUAAAUACGAGGAUAUCAGAGACGGGACUAGGAAAGAUCCGAUUCUAGGUCGCGUGUUAAGUUACGUUAAAGACGGGUGGCCGAACGAAGUCGAAAUUCGCGAGCUUCAACCUUAUUACAAUAGACGGGACGAGUUAUACAUAGAAUUGGGUUGUCUUAUGUGGGGGUAUCGACUCGUGAUCCCUAGCACUUGUCGGGAUGACGUACUCAGAGAACUACACGACACACACAUGGGCAUCGUGCGGACGAAGAGCAUCGCCCGCAGCUACGUUUGGUGGCCCGGCGUAGACGAGGCGGUGGAGGCGCUGUGCCGGGCGUGCGCCGUGUGCGCGGAGCAGGCGGCGGCGCCGGCGCAGCACGCGCCCGUGCCGUGGCCAUGGCCGGCCCGCCCGUGGACGAGGCUACAUGUAGAUUUCUUAGGGCCAAUUUGUGGCGAGAAAUACUUAGUAGUUAUAGACGCCUGUUCUAAAUGGAUCGAAAUCUGCAAGAUGCCUACUACGACUGCUAAAACGGUAAUAAAUAAAUUACGGGAAAUGUGGGCUCGUUUCGGUAUCCCUAAACAACUCGUUAGCGAUAACGGGCCCCCGUUCAGUAGCGACGAGUUUAAUUAUUUUUUAACAAACAAUGGCGUAGAACACAUCUUUUCUGCACCAUACCACCCCGCUUCUAACGGUUUGGCUGAGAAUGCUGUAAAAAUAUGUAAAAAGGUUAUUAAAAAAGCGGUCGCACAGCGAGCAGACGUAGAUGCGGCCUUACAACGUUUUUUAUUAAUUUAUCGCACCACGGAACAUAGUACGACCAAGGAAAGUCCAGCGCAAAUAUUACAAGGUAGAUUAUUGCGAACGAGACUCGACCGGCUGAAACCGCCGCGGGAGGAGCUGGUGGCGGCGGCGCAGCGCCGGCAGCAGCGCGCGGCGGGCGGCUCGUGGCGCGGCUUCCAGGCCGGCGACUCCGUCUGGGUGCGGGUGUAUCAUCCGCAGAGUAAGUGGGUAAGUGGUUUAACUAUCGAAAAGUUAGGUAACACAGAUUAUAAUGUAAAAUUAGACGAUGGCACAGUGGUACAUAGGCACGCCGAUCAAAUGAGAUUGAAAUGUAAAGUAAAUACGUCCCAAAUGACUUCAACGGACCCUGUAAACAGCACAGGUACGAAUGAAAAGGAAGAAUUGAGUCUGAGGAAACCGGUUUUUUAUCCAGCUGCGUGUCUCACACCGAGCGGUGGGCGGGUGACGUCGGUGGGGGGCGAGGGCAGUAGUCGGCCCACGGGCCCGGUCCCUGGCGAAUGCGAAGUGUCUGGGUCGGAAGUAACUAGGUCUCAGGACCAGACCGGAGCACACACAGGUCCAACCCAUGAACCCCUGCCCAUCGCGAAUGAGCCUCGUUACCCAAUACGUACGCGUAGACCCCCAGAGCGAUAUGGAUACUCAUAAUCCAAUAUAAUAAUACUUUAUAACAGUAUGCUG